AUGGGCUACCCGGAGGUAGAGCGCAGGGAACCUCUGCCCACGGCAGCGCCGCGGGAACGGGGAAGCCAGGGCUGCGGCUGUCGCGGGGCCCCUGCCCGGGCGGGCGAAGGGAACAGCUGCCGGCUCUUCCUGGGUUUCUUUGGCCUCUCGCUGGCCCUCCACCUGCUGACGUUGUGCUGCUACCUAGAGUUGCGCUCCGAGUUGCGGCGGGAGCGGGGAGCCGAGUCCCGCCUUGGCCCCGGCACGUCUGGCACCCUGAGCAGCCCCGGUGGCCUCGACCCUGACGGUCCCAUCACCCGCCACUUUAGGCAGCCAUCACCUCAGCAGCAGCCUCUGGAACCGGGAGAAACCACACUCCCCCCACACUCCCAGGACGGGCACCAGGUGAGUCACCUAGUAGGGGCGGCGGAGUCCCCCUCCCCUUGUGGGCAGGGCGAGGGCCCUCCCCCACAGGGCCCUGGGGAGGACUCUGUCACCUCCAGCCAAGUUGUAGGGCUGGAGCGGGGAGGGGGAGAGGUCGCCCCUGGGCAGGUUGUCCCAGGUCCGGGUCUAGCUCACCCCGACUCUCAGGACCCUUUGACUUGGGAGCCCUGGCUGGCGCCUGCCGCCCCCAGCCACGGGCUGCCUCGGGGAAAGUUGGCAGCCCUCCAGGCCGCGGAGGUGCGCGCCGCUGCCCCUCUGGCGGACUAA